GUCACAAUGUUUACCCGGAAAUGAGAGCCUGCUCCAAAAGCUGCUGUCCAACUCUAUAAUUUACCCAUUUCUGACCGUUUUUUUGUCUAACAAAAUGAUAUAUUACCGUUAAAAUCUGACCGUAAAAUACUGACUCAGAAUGUACAGUGGACUCUUGCCCAAAGGUUUAACCGAAGACGACCUCAGUCCAGAUGACGAAGAGGAUGAUGUUGAGGAGAAGAGGGAGGUUGAGAAUUGCGAGAUCUCUGCUGAAAGGUUGAGCUCCGCCGGGGAAAACACAGUCUCAGUUCUGGAGGCACAGCCGACUCCCACUGGCAGUGAUGCAGACAGGGAUUCCCUGACAUGCAGUAUGCCUGGUAUAUCACAGGAAAUGUGGCAAAAAUUCCAGGAUCUACGGAAAAAGAAGGACGAAAUGAAGACAAUGAAGGUCCCCAGAAGAAGAAAAAGACGACGACUCAAGAAAGCAGGAACAGAGAGUGAGGAACCCACAGAGACAAGCAGAGAGCUUCAGGAGGAUCGGGAGAAGCACUGGGAUGAGCUUAAGCAGCAUUUUGGUGUAAAUGAUCGAUUUCAUCCCCCCGCGUGUUCCAAACCCCCUCCGCAGUCCGGCCUAGAAAAGAGCAUAGAGAGGGCCAUAGCUGAAGGGGACAUUGCAAAGGCGGAGGAGAUGAGCGACAGACUCGCCACUCGAGAGCUGGCUGUGAAAAUCGCUCAAGCCGCUGAUUGCCGUGACUUUGUGCAACGCAAACAGGAAGAGGAAGCUUUGAGGGCCGCGCAGAAAAGGAAGAACCAAAUAGCCUGGGGGUUUGAGGCCAAAAGACGAUGGGAAACCAAAAGCAACAUGGGCUUCAUGUGACAAACACGGAGGAAGAGGAGAACGACUGUUUGUUUGUGUUUUUUUUUUAAGUUACUUGGAUAAAAGUAGUGUUUUAAUGGAGGGCUGAUCCUGUUUCUUUUUAUACUCUUUUGUAUAUUUUGAAGACUUCUCAACAGCAGAGUGUGUGUGUGUGUGUGUGUGGGGGGGGGGGGUGGAGUCACACAGUUUGCUAAGGAAAAACCAAUCCAAAGAGUACAAGAGAGAAAAAAUUAUGGAGCAUUCAAAUUAAUUCCUAAGGCGCCCAUUGGUGUCUGCAUUGUGUUAUUUUUCAUUACAUUUCAGUGAUUUUAGCGUUCUGGCCUUUUUUUCUCUCCCUCCCUCCCCUCCUUCAAAUUAAAUCUGGUGUACAUUACUGGAUGAUGCGUUUAUUUAUUGCUGUAAAGUGGGUUAAUCACGAAGGCGCUCUUUUCUUCUUCUGAGGAAGAGAAAGGAAAGAUUAGGGCCCUAAUGCAAUGUACAGGAUAAUGUGCGAUAGGAUUUGGGAGAAGAAAA